UGGAAGUAGACAAAUGAAAAAUAUACAUUUCCUCAUCUUAUUUCUGUUUAGCAUCUCGACCUCCUUACACUAUAUUGUUGCUACCUCUUUACAUGUGAAGUAUCUUCCUGGUUUUGAAGGUCCUCUUCCUUUUGCGCUCGAGACUGGGUACUUGAGUGUUGGUGAAUCUGGAGAUGUUGAGCUCUUUUACUACUUUGUGAAGUCCGAGAGAAAUCCAGAAAAAGAUCCUCUCAUGAUUUGGCUCACUGGUGGCCCUGGAUGCAGCUCCAUUUGUGGACUAUUCUUUGCAAACGGUCCUUUAGCUUUCAAAGGGGAUGUGUAUAAUGGGACAUUGCCUCCUCUGGAGCUAACAUCUUUUUCUUGGACAAAGGUGGCUAACAUUUUAUAUUUGGAAUCUCCUGCUGGCUCUGGAUAUUCUUAUGCGAAAACUCCGCGUGCUUUAGAGUCGAGCGAUGCUAAACAAAUUCAUCAAAUCGACCAAUUCCUUAGAAGAUGGUUUGUGGAACACCCUGAGUAUACAUCGAACCCAUUUUACGUUGGUGGAGAUUCAUAUUCCGGGCACAUUGUUCCCGGAGUUGUGCAACAGAUUUCACUUGGAAAUGAGAAAGGUCUCACACCAUUCAUAAGUCUUCAGGGUUAUGUUCUUGGAAACCCUGUGACAGACAUAAAAAUAUCUAACCAUAAAGUUUCAUUUGCUCAUCGGAUGGGACUUAUUUCAGAUGAACUCUUUGAGUCGUUUGAAAAUAGUUGUGGAGGAACACACAUGAAUGUAGACCCGAGUAAUGCAAAAUGCUUAAAAGAUCUUCAAGCUUAUGAUAAUUGUAUCUCGGAGAUAUACGCAGAGCAGAUUUUAUUACCAAACUGUCCAGUAGAUUACAGAUUACCAGUUAUACCACAAACCUUACCAAACAUCAAAAUCGGCGGAAGAAGAGAACUAGUGGAAAUUUCAGGAAAUGAUACAUCAUCAUUGCCUCCUCCUAGCUGCUUUACUUAUAGGUAUUUUCUGUCUGCCAUUUGGGCAAAUGAUGAAAAUGUACGCAGAGCUCUAGGCGUUAAAAUGGAUUUAGGAAGAUGGAACCGAUGCAACAUCCAAAACAUUCCAUAUACAUUUGAUAAUGACAAUGCCAUUCCAUAUCACGUGAAUAAUAGUCGUAAAGGCUUCCGCUCCCUCAUCUACAGUGGUGAUCACGAUAUGAUGGUACCUUUCACUUCAACGGAAGAAUGGAUCAAAGGUCUCAACUAUUCAAUUGUUGAUGACUGGAGACCUUGGAUGAUGAGUAGCUAUGAAGUCGCUGGAUAUACAAGGACUUACGCUAAUAAGAUGACAUUUGCAACCAUCAAGGGAGGAGGACAUACCGCUGAGUAUAAACCUGACCCAUGCUCACUUGCGUUCAAAAGAUGGAUUGAUGGAAAACCUCUCUGAUGUCUCUCUUUCUCAAAAGCUUCUUGUCAGUUGUCAGAUUACAAAGCCUGUUUUCAUGUUCCAUUUUAAUAUUUCCAAAAGCAUUGAUUUCAUAAGAAUGUCUUUAUAAAUCACAAUUUGAUAUCCAAUUUUACAUACUUUAAACACACUGAAAUGUUACGUUGGGUUUCACCAAUUUGAAACAAAAAAAAGCUCACUACU